GGUGCUGCAGUUUGAAUUUACAGCCCGGACAGUGAGAGUGGGAGAAAACGGAACCCUAUUUACCCCUAAGACAAGCAACUCAACUUUUCAGGCAAGAAGAAAAAGCAAGAGGGAGAAUCUCCUCUUCUAUAAAAAAAUAGCUUGCUUUGUUAUUAUAUAUAUUUAUAACUAAAGUUACUGGAAGAUGGUUUCUGCAGUUUUGGAGGUGUUUGGCUUGGGACUGUGCGUCAUUGGCUGGCUGCUGGUUAUGAUGGCCUGCGGGCUACCCAUGUGGAAAGUGACUGCCUAUAUUGACGCCAAUAUUGUGCUGGCCCAGACGGUCUGGGACGGUCUGUGGAUGACCUGCGUGGUCCAGAGCACGGGGCAGAUGCAGUGCAAGACGCACGAUUCCAUGCUGUCCCUCACCCAGGACCUGCAGGCAGCCCGCGCCCUCACCAUCAUCUCCUCAGUGCUCGGAGUCUUCGGGCUGCUGGUGACGAUCGCCGGGGCGCAGUGCACCAACUGCAUCCAAGGCGAAGGGUCCAAGGUGAGAAUCGUCAACGCGGGAGGAGUGAUCUUCAUCAUCAGUGGCUUUUUACUCUUGAUACCUCUCUGUUGGAUGGCCCACAGAAUCAUCGUGGAUUUCUACGACCCUAAAAUCCCCGCUCCGAUGAAGCGAGAGAUGGGAGCCGCUCUGUACAUCGGCUGGGCAGCGACUGCGCUUCUGUUCGUCGGUGGCGGAAUGCUUUGUUGCUCUUGUCCCCAAAAAGGGGCCAGUUCUUAUGCGGUCAAAUAUGCGCCCCCAAUAAGAGCGGCUCAGAACGUGGAAUAUGAUAAAAAAAAUUACGUUUAAUUUUUUAAUUUGAAUUUUUGGAAUCGCCCCGUGGCGUCUGCACGGUCUCAACCACCUACUGGGCUUGAAGAAUCUUCCAGCUGUCUCUACCUGUUUUCAACAUAGAAUACACUUGACGAAGUUAAGAUUUGUACAACGGAAAAAAAAAAAAAAAAACAAUAAAAAA